AAAGGAAAGCGUGUGGUCACUGAGAAGAUAUGAGCUUACAGCUCAGAGAACCAAAACAGAAACAAAAGCCUUCCAGCCUUUGCAAGCCUUUCACCAAGCUGCACCUAGGGUGCCCUUCAACCUAGCUCUCCUGUGCCUGGCCCACGGACUAGACGAGGCCAGAAUUACUGAGCUGAUCCCAAUCCACAGGCUUCUGCUCUUGCUCUAUAUUUUUCAUGAUGUCUGUGUUGGCACAUCCCUGUACUCUGAAGGCAGGUUUGCACUGAGAAGAAUCCAAGGGAAGGCUGUGGGAGACCCUGUAAAUGGCCUGACCUGCUGGAGAAUGAGAGCCCCUAAGGAACAGCUGGAUCCACUUCUAGAAAUAUGGAAUCACCUGCUGUCCCAGUCCAUGGAUAGACAGAGGACAUAAGGCCAUGCCUGGUAGGAGUGAGAAGCUGCCAUCCACUCACCCAGCUGUGCAGGAAGCGUUGCAACAGACAGAACAGUCCCCUGCUACAACCUUGGCGCAUUCAUGGAGAACACUGAGGCUGAGUCAGACAUUCUCCGCAGCGUGCAUGCCCUGCUUCGAGAACUCGAUGGACACCACCCUGCCUUCCAGAAUGAGCGAGGGAUGUUGCGAUGGACCUUGCAUAAAAAAACUGACCGGAAUCCUGGGAACAGCACCAUCUUGGCUAAAAUCCUUGUGAAGGAGCUGGAAAGGGCAGAAAGAGGAGAUUAUAGACAUUAUAUCAUCCCCCUGCUCCAUACGCUAAUGUACACACUAAUCAAGGCUCCGUGCUUUUCAGAUGAUCUCUAUGAAAGAAUAUAUGAUUUCUGCAAGAAGCUAUUAACCCUGCCCAAGCCCUACUGCACCAUUGGCCUGGACUAUGCUUUUCGGUUAAAAACAGAAAGGAUGGCACCAGGAGUGUUAUACCAAAGAAUGGUUAUUUCUGAACAAAGUCUUAGAAGUGACCCAUAUCCUUAUCAGGAGAAGGUUUUCAUAUUUGCAGAUCCAGAUCUGCUUUCCAAGGCUGUAUGCAAUGCACUAGUCACUGAUACCAAGGCUGCUCAGAUGUAUCAAAGUCCCAGAUCAUGUAUGUGCUAUGUGAUAAUGCAUGCCAUGAAGGUGGCUCUGGACGACGACUGUGAUAUUUACAAUUUGCAGAGGAUCCUUCAGGAUAAGCCCACAGAGGAGAUCGAACACUUUUUCCGACAAGUGGUGACAGCAGUUGAGUGUACAGGAAAUGAAAUAAGUGCAGACCGCAGCCAGCAUGUUGAGAGGCUGAAGAAAGUCUAUGAUGUAGUGCUGAGUUCUUCUGAAGCAGGGGAUACUUCACCAGAAGGGCUCCAGGACAUCCCUCUGCCCAGCCCAAAUAUUAGCUUUCACUUGUGGACAGAUGAAGACCAGCUUUGGAAGGAGCUUGUGCUGUUUGUCCGUCCCCUGUCACAGACCUGUGAACAGGACUGUCUGAGCCAGGAGCUAGACAACUUUGAGAUACAGGACAUUGUGACAGGGUGUGAGUGCUGUGAACAGACUCGGUUCUCUGUGCUAUCCACCGACAGUGGGAUUGAACGGGACCUGCCACCAGUGGGUGAAGAGCUUCCUCCUCAUUGCAGUGCUGAGGUUGAGCACUCCCGGCUCCAGAGAAAAGGUGGCAUUAAGAAAAAGGCAUCUCCCUUGGAGACCAUGGCCUACCUGCAGGCCAGCUGCAAUGGCCCAGGAGUAAAGCAUUUUGGAAAAAUGCACGCAAAGUCUGGCAGCAACAUGGAGUCUAUGUCUCCUCUCCAGAGACUGCACACCGCCCGAAUUGUAGUUUUGGGGGAUGACAGGAUAUUGGGGCGACUGGCCCAAGCCUUUCACUCUCUGAGGAAACGAGAAACCAGGCGAGUCUUUUUGACCCCACGGCUGAACCUGCAGUUCUAUUAUGUCCCUGUUGUAGAGGGCCAGCAAAGCACAUGGCCCACUGAAGAACACACUAUGCCUAGCCAGAUAGACCUCUGUGAAGUGGCUGGGUACCUUGGGAGAGCUGACCCGUGGUAUGAGAACAACAUCAACACUCUGUGUCAUAUGAUCCCCAAGCUGGCGACUAUGCCUUCUUCACCAAGCAAACAUCUUGUGACAAAUACCUUCAUCAUCGAUGUAAUGUCUUACUACAUACGCAUGGGUAUCCAGCCAGUGUGUUUCCAGGUCUACUCUGUUAAGAUUUUCUUCAGUGACACAGCUCAGGAGCCAGCAGAGGACGUGUUUGUCACUGAGCUGAGUGUAAAAGUACAAGAUUACAACCCCACCAGAGACUUAGUGCUGGCAAGGAAGAAGACAAUGCUGGAAGGUCCUGGGGCAGAUAUUGCAGCAAAGUAUAGAAAGGUUUUGCUGAGUAGUCGGGGAAAAGAAUUGGGUGUCUCGCUGAGAUCUACUGGCUUGGUGAUGAAAGCCAUUCCGCCUGAUGAAGCUGAAGAUCUGGUGUGCUUGAAUGUGUAUAUUACUGAAGUCAUCAAAACCAGCAACCUUUCAGGAAGAUCAUUUUCUUUUAUGACAAACAAGAUCAGAAUGCACAGUAUCGAAGUCAGCAGCAUGGAUCAAAAGACCUUCACGCUGUGCCUGGACAAAGACUUCAGAAGAACCUACAGGAAUGUAGUCAGUGUGGAAGUUUCACCCUGCCUGGAACCUAGCUACUGUUUGCAGAAAACGAGGACAAUGCAAUUCAGCAUGCAUGGAUCAGAGGAUGUAGGACUGGCCAAGUACAUGCCCAAAUCUUUGUUAUUACCUAUCAAUACAUUUGCAGGUAUAAUUCAGUGAAGAAAAUUCCAGCGUGGGGAGUGGAAUGCAAAUGAAAAGGUCUUACAAGAAUCUCUCAUUUGGUCAUAAGAGCACAAGGAUGGAGGAACACACUAAAAGCCACCUGAAACUGGUAAUGAUGCUUCUACAUACAAUGCUGCAGCAGUACAGAAGUUCACUGCUCAGUAAAACUCAUGUGAUAGCACAGUUUAAAGCCUCUCUGUCAGGGGAACACAGCAAAAGUAGUUUUACCCUUGCAGCUUACUUCUAAACAGUAGUCUUUGCUUAGCAAGUCUUCAGCGCAGCCAGGUGUUGGAUAAUCCUGCUGCCAUCCUUGAGCAUGAAGAGGCUGCACACCACUUCCCCAGUUUAAUUUAUGAGCUGCCCCUCUGACUUCCAGCUAAGGUUUUAUAUGCAGCUUAAUUAUAAGAACUUUUAUCAUUGAUAUGAAGAGCAUGUCACGUUAUUCAAAAUAGCCACAUUACCAACACCCCCUCUACCCCCAUCUUGCUACUGCAGUCCUGUCUCCCAAGGAGAAGAGGUAGCCUGCAGAUGAUGGACUUGACAUCAGCUAGUCUGGCUCCCAAAAACAGCUGCCUGCACAGUCUGGAUUUGGAUUCUCCUUCCACAAGAGGAACAGAAACUAAAGAACCAAGUUGGUGGCCUCAGAACUGGACCUGGGAGCUAGGCGUCUGUAGUACUGCACCAUUUAUUCGGUCUGCUGCUACUAGAGUGCAAAAUUAGCUCUCAAAAUAUAGCUUGAAUAGUGCCAGUAUGGUUAGUGGCCCUGGUUAGGAUCAAACUAACCUGUUUUAAAAUUAAAACAUCGCAUAAUAGCAGGUGCAUAAGCUGUUUUCUUUAUUCCAUUUUUUGCAAGCUGAAGUCAUUUCAGA